UUUUAUGAACGGAUAUUUUGACGCAUUAAACAAAACAACAACAAUAACACGACAACAAAAUAAAACCGUAUCCAAAAUAUUAAAUAAAUAACUUAUAUAAUUUCAAGAAAUUGUGAUUACUCAACUGAUUUGUAAAAGCAUGCAAUCCCCACCACAGUCGCAGCCCCCGUCAGUUCUGCCCCAGUCCCAGCCUCCACCCUCAUAUGAAGAGGUUCAGGCUAUGUCUGCAGUCCAGGGACACCAGCCUUACCUAGGCCCACAAGGAUAUAAACCAGAAUGGGGUGGCGGUACUGCGCCCCCGUUUUCAACACAGGUUGGACCUGGCCCAUACCCACCCCAGCCUUACCCCUUUCAGAAUUACCCCCCUCAACCUUACCCUGCAGGGCAGUAUCCAGGACCACCAUACCCGCCUCAACCAGGCAUGCCUUAUAAUGGUUACCCUGCUCAAGGUGGGAUGCAACCAACACCGGAACAACUCGCGGCAGUUCUUGCUGCACGCAACGAAGCAAUACAGCGACGGAAGAAGAUGAUUGCGGGAGUCUCUGUGGUUAUUGUGAUCAUCAUCAUUAUCUACCUGGCUGUGAGAUUUAUCCUUUAAAGCUCCUAGCACAGAUCCUGACUGGAAUAUUUCUCACUACAGUGAUUACAUGCUGUAAUUGGUGUACUCUGGUUGAUAAGAAACUGUCUGUGCUUUUAUAUUUGUUGCAAAUUUUAUUUACAUUUGGUUAAACAAGAUUCACGUUUCACGUGUGCCUUCAGUUUUUAGCUCACCUGAGCACAAUGUGCUCAUGGUGAGCUUUUGUGAUCUCUUUUUGUCCGCUGAAAUUUGGUCAAAAGGUUUGUGCCAAUGUUAUCUUGGAUUAGUUUGAAAAUGGUUGGUUGAAAAUCAUAGCCGCCAGGGGGCGGGGCAUUUUUCCUUAUAUGGCUAUUGUAAAACCUUGUUAAAUCUCUAGAGGCCAUAUUUAUUGUCCAAUCUUCAUGUGACUUGGUCAGAAGAUUUUUCCCAGUGAUAUCUUGGACGAGUUUGAUAAUGGUAUUGGUUGCAUGAAAAACAUGGCUGCCAGGGGGAGGGGCGUUUUUCUUUAUAUGGCUAUAGUAAAACCUUUUAAACACUCUUUAGGCCACAUUUAUUAUCCGAUCUUUAUGAAACUUGGUCAGAACAUUUGUUCUUAUGAUAUCUUGGAUGAGAUCGAAAGAGGUUCUUUUCUGUUGAAAAACAUGGCCGCCAGAGGGCCAGGCGUUUUUCCUUAUAUGGCUUUAUAAAACCUUGUUUACUCUCUAAGUAACAUUUAUUGUCUGAUCAUCAUGAAACUUGUUCAGAAGAUUUGUCCCAAUGGUAUCUUGGAUAAGUUUGAAAAUGGUUCUAGUUGCUUGAAAAACAUGGCGGCCAGGGGGCGGGGCAUUUUUUCUUAUAUGGCCAUAGUAAAAUCUUGUUAACACUCUAGAGGGCACAUUUAUUGUCAAAUCUGCAUGAAACUUGUUCAGAAGUUCUGCUGCAAUGAUAUCUUGGAAGAGAUUGAAAAUGGUUCCGGUUGGUACAAAAACAUGGCCACCACUCUUAAAGUCACAUUUAUAAUUCAAUCUUCAUGAAACUUGGUCAGAACAUUUGUUCUAAUUAUAUCUUUGGCUGCACAGGACAAGUAAGUUCCUUUGUAUAUCAGGUGAGCGAGUUUGAGCAUUUUGGGCCCUCUUGUUAAGAUUUUGAUUUUAUUAAAAAAAUAUGCGACUUAAUGUCAAUUUGAAGACAAGAUAUUUUUUUAUAAGUGCAAGUCCUGUACUACAGAAGGUGUUUUUUUUUAAUAUUAGCAAUAUUUUACAAAUAUAGCCAUUAUCUAUACCAUGAUUAUUCUGCUUAUAAUUGGAUUAUAUUGUCAAAACAUUCCUUUAAAUACAUAUCUCAUGUUUGCAAAUAAUUUGAAUAUUUAUUUAGUGUCAUGCUUUUUGUGUAUUUUAAUGUUUAUCUGAGUUGCGUUUGCAAUAUGACCCCACAAAAUGAUAAUUUAGCUUUUUUAACAUGUAUCUUUAAAUGUUUGCUUCUCAGAGGUUAAAUACAUGUAACUACAGCAAAUAAGAAGGAUGCUGCAUCCUGAUGCUACAUGUAUCUACAGCAAAUAAGAAGGAUGCUGCAUCCUGAUGCAUUUUUUUCUCUUGCCCAUCCAGGCUAAUCAAUGCCAAAACUUUGAAAAUCUUAAAAAUAUAUAGUUCUAUAUUUUUAAAAGGAAAUAAAAUAUGGUUAAUAUAGAGACAGUGUUCAUAAGUAUACAAAUGUUGGACUUAACAACCACAAAGAUUGAUCAAAUUGUAAGCUAAUGUCACAUAAAUGUUUAAGAUUUCCACCAUGCCACUUUUGAGCACAACCUUGUACUGUAGGUUCGCACUACGAAAAAAAAGGAGUAGCCAAGUUUCAGAUUUAUGAUGACAACCCAUGAUUUUUGAAAGAUGCGUAUGUAUCUUAAUACAAUGCUCUCAUGAUCUGUUUAUGUAAACUACUAUUCGCUAGAUAAUUAACUCUUCAAUUUCGAUUUCGUCAAGAGAACCUCGGUGAAAAGUCAGAGGUAGAAACGAAUCGCUCAGACAUGUCACUGAAUUUUAUCAAUAUGUUGACAAUUGCUGUCGCACUGUUUAUUGUUUAUGUUACUUUAUGGUGAUAUUGUCAAUUGUCAAAAUGUAUAUUCUUAAUGUACUGUACUGUAUUUAAUUCUGAUUGCAUGAUUGCUGUAUAUAUGUUCUGCUCUCCAACCCUGGAGGAAAUAAAAGUAUAUUUAUUAAAUUAUCUAUCAAACCAUAUUUAAAAAAUAUUUUUCCUGAAAUUAAAAGCAUCAUUUCAUUUAUUUUUAUUUCAUUUGAUUCAUUUUCAUGUAUUGACAAUAACAUUAUACAAUAUGAUUAUGGAAGGUAGCAGUUAAUUAACGGACAGCUGCUGGUUAUUUCUUUAAGUGAGUAUCACAAAAUGUACAGCAGGUAACUUUUUUAUUCCUAGAGUUUUCACUUACAGAAGUCGUCAGUUUGUCUACAUAAAAAAAAAAAGUUAUAGUAGGCACUACUUCCACUAUUCUUAAAUGUUUAAAUAGAAACUUAUUAUCACCAUAAAGUGUAGAUAUGCAGGGCACUACAUGUGCAAUGAUCCACAUCUUUUGAGUUAUGUACCCUUGAACUUUGCCCUGGGCAUGGUAGUAGAAAAUGAUCUUAGUUUGUCGUGCAAAAUGCUUAUCACACUGACAUUAGAAAUGUGUAUUGGUAAACAUUAAAUAUGAGCCUUGUUCUGAGAAAACUGGGCUUAAUGCAUGUGCGUAAAGUGUCGUCCCAGAUUAAUCUGUGCAGUCUACACAGGCUAAUCAGGGACGACACUUUUUGCCUAAACUUGAUUUUCGGUAAGCAGGAACUAACUUGAAACUAAAAAUACCAUAAAAGCGGAAAGUGUCAUCCCUGAUAAGCCUGUGCAGACUGCACAGGUUAAUCUGGGACGACACUUUACGCACAUGCAUUAUGACCAGUUUUCUCAGAACGCAACUCUUAUUAUCAUUUAUUAUGCCCCCCUUUGAAGAAGAGGGGGUAUAUUGCUUUGCUCAUGUCGGUCUGUCGGUCGGUCCGUCAACCAGGUGGUUGUCAGACGAUAACUCAAGAACGCUUAGGCCUAGGAUCAUGAAACUUCAUAGGUACAUUGAUCAUGACUCACAGAUGACCCCUAUUGAUUUUGAGGUCACUAGGUCAAAGGUCAAGGUCACUGUGACCCGAAAUAGUAAAAUGGUUUCCGGAUGAUAAUUCAAGAACGCUCAUGCCUAGGAUCAUGAAACUUCAUAGGUAGAUUGAUCAUGACUAGCAGAUGACCACUAUUGAUUUUCAGGUCACUAGGUCAAAGGUCACGGUGACCCGAAAUAGUAAAAUGGUUUCCGGAUGAUAAUUCAAGAACCCUUAUGCCUAGGAUCAUGAAACUUGAUAGGUAGAUUGAUCAUGACUAGCAGAUGGCCCCUAUUGAUUUUCAGGUAACUAGGUCAAAGGUCAAGGUCACGGUGACCCGAAAUAGUAAAAUGGUUUCCGGAUGAUAAGUCAAGAACCCUUAUGCCUAGGAUCAUGAAACUUGAUAGGUACAUUGAUCAUGACUGGCAGAUGACCCCUAUUGAUUUUCAGUUCACUAGGUCAAAGGUCACUAGGUCACAGUGACCCGAAAUAGUAAAAUGGUUUCCUGAUGAUAACUCAGGAAAGCUUAUGGCUAGGAUCAUGAAACUUCAUAGGUACAUUGAUCAUGACUUGCAGAUGACCCCUAUUGAUUUUCAGGUCACUAGGUCAAAGGUCAAGGUCACAGUGACAAAAAACAUAUUUACAAAAUGGCUGUCACUACAACUUAGAGCCCAUAUGGGGGGCAUGCAUGUUUUACAAACAGCCCUUGUUAUACUCUGAUUAUACCUUGAUGACAUGUAAGCUACACUAGAGUGUACUGAGAAUCAGGUCGUUGUUAUAUGUUGUUUUACAUGUAUAAGUUUUUUAUUGAUUGUGAAUAAAGAAUGCUGUGAGUAUCUUGCAUCUUUUUUUAAAUAACAUUAUUUCAUAAAUUUAUCUUUUUCUACUAUCUUUUCAAUAUUUAAAAUUUAUUUGUAAGGGUACUUGUGGAAACAUUUUCAUGGAAAUAAGCUUCCAUUCUAUCUUAGCAGAUAUGUUUUUUACAAACCUAUUCAAGUAGCGUACACUAAUGUUUACGCAUUUUUUAAAAUUAAAAAUGAUUUGUAAAUGGAAUGUAAUGAAAAUUAUACCCCCUUUGAAGACCAGGGGGUAUAUUGUUUUGCUGGAUGUCGUUGGUCUGUUUGUCUGUCAGUCGGUCUGUCUGUCUGUAGACCAGUUAGUUUAUGAUCAAUAACUUGUAAAGGGAGGGACCAAUUUGCUUGAUACUUCCCAUGUGCAUUGGCCUUGGACCGUAGAUGGCCCCUAUUAAAAUUUUGGGGUCACUAGAUCAAAGGUUAAGGUCACUGUCACAAUAAGUGUACAAAUCGUUUCCAAUCAAUAACUCUUAGAGGAAUUGACAGUUGGCUUGAUACUUCUCAUGUUCAUUGGCCUUGGACAGUAAAUGACCUCUAUUGAAAUUGGGGUCUCUAUGUCAAAUUCACUGUCACAAUAAGCGGCAAAUCGUUUCGAUCAAUAACUUGUAAAUGACUCGACUGCUUGACUUGACACUUCCUAUGUGCAUUGGCCUUGGACAGUAGAUGACCCCUAUUGAAAUUUGGAUCAUUAGGUCAUAGCCCUGUUUGGGGGUGGCAUAUGUCUGAGACAGCGGAACUUUUGUUCUUUCUGUGUCUAUAAAGUGCAAUACUUGUACACAAAUAGUGCAUGGAUGGUUUCAUAGUUUUGCCUCAAAUGAGGGUUAACUGUGCAAAUGUUUAUAUGUUAACAAUUUAUUAGUUGCAUGGCAUAUUCUCUUGAUACACAAAUUGUAUACGAAUGUUGAAAUUAUGUUUUUUACUUUUAUACUAUAAUUGUAAUGUAUAGUUGAUUCAGAUGAUUAUAAUAAAUAGUGCAUAUAGUUAAACAAAUGACCACAUUUUUAUACACAUGUAUUUUUGUUUUUAGAAAGCUGUUGAUAGUAGUGUUUCUGCAGAUUAUUCAAAUUCUGUUUCCUCAAUAGUUCUUUCACUAUGUCCCUCUGAAAUUUAGUAAGUCCGACUGCUAUUCGGAAUACCCCCUUCAGAGAUUAAGUUGCAGUCUACACUACAUGCAAAUCUAGUAUACUGGAGGAAUUUAAGUGUGCUUCUCGCUGAUUCAGGAUGCCCUUCAUUAUAUACAUUAAACAACAUUUUAAAAGCAAAUAAAAAGCGUCAACUAUUUA